UUCCGAGAUGGUGGCUGCAAUGGCUGCGGGAAGCGUUGCCGUUGCGGUGCUCAUAGUUCUUAUUGUUGCCACUUGGAGCACAUACUCCCCUUCGAUGAUGGGACGGGAUAGAAUGGACGGUUUGACGGCGGACGCCUUGGCCACACAAGUCGGCGCCAUCGUGUCGGCUAGCAGCACAACGUUCAUCCUUGUUCGAUCAUUGGGGGCCAAGGAAAAGCAGUAUCGACGGCAUCCAAACCCGCUCUUGUUCUGGAAGGCAGCCGUGGAUGGAGUCUACGCGCUGCAAUUGUGCGCUCAAACGCUGCACAUCCGCCUUGUUCCAGCUGUCCUGUCGGCGGCGAUGAUCCAAAGCGCCUUGUACGCGUCCGAGAGCUGGUUUGUGCUCAUCUCGUACGAUCUGUACGCAUGCGGCACGAAUCCAUUCCAGAAUACAGCGUACAGCAUCCGAUGGUACCACGCGAUUGCAUGGAGCGUGGGUGGCGUGGCCGGGCUCGUGUCAUGGCUAUACAUCGCCCCGUCCGACCGCGACGACAUAGUCGAACAUGCCAGGGACGUGAUUGGUGCAACAGAAUGGACCCUGGGCUUGUUUUACAUAUAUGUAACACUGUGCGUUCUCUGCGCAUGUGUGUUCCUCCUCUUGGAGAACCAAUCGCGACCCCCCGUCGGCGGCAUCAAGGAAGCGCUGCGAACGCGGAGUUCGAUGCUCCAUGCAUCCCGCACGUUUACAAUCCUCUAUGGCGUGUACCAAUUCGUAGCGAUUGUGUUGUGGGUGUUGCUGACACUGUCAUCGGUGGCGGCGUCGUGGCAAGUGCACGUCGCGUUCAACGGGCUGGUCGGGGCCAGGGGGUUCAUGGAUCUGGUGACGUGGCAUGCCAUCAACUCGAGGUCAUUCGUGUUGCACUCGCCGUCGUCGUCGCUGCCGGUGGACGCCACUAAUCGAAGCGUGAGUGGAGGAAGCGACUCGUUCCUGGAUGGCGUCAUGUCUUGGAAUCCUGAAUUCAACGUUGCCUUGCGCAACGAAGUAUUGCAUUUCACCACGCGUGGCAUCGUCGCAGCUUCACUCUCCACGACCAACACCGCCUCCAACCAGUCCCAUAAUUAUCAUCGGCGCAUCCAGCUCAACCUCCACGAGCUAGGCAUGCACCUGCGCUUUGACUCGUACUACCCGCACCUGUUCCAAGACGUCCGCCGCGGCUACCGCUUGGAUGAAGCCUCGUAUCGCGAGUCGUUCAUGUCGACAUGCCACGAACGAGUCGGCCACGGCGGGUCGAGCGGCGCGUUUAUGUUUUACACUGCCGACUAUUUAUUCCUUGUGAAAACCAUCACCAAAGCUGAGCGCCGCGUGCUACUCAAGAUGCUGCCGGCGUACAUCCAGUACCUCAAGAGACACCCGCGGACACACUUGACGCGGUACUAUGGCUGCCACGCCAUCCACAUGUACCGGCAACGGUUUUACUUUGUCGUGAUGAGCAACGCCAUGGGGCGAGUGAGUAUGCACCAGUCGUUUGAUCUCAAAGGAUCGUGGAUCAACCGCCAUGCCAAGACCACGCCACCUGGAGACCCCGAAGUUUGUACAUACUGCGGCAUUGCGUUUCCGUCGGGAUCCAGACUGCCGUGUGGUCUGAGCAUCCACGGCAUGCACUUGCCCCAUCGAGUACUAAAAGACAACGACUUGCAGCGAAAGUUGCAGCUGGCGCCUUCAACUGCCCAUGAAAUUGUAGCCCAACUGGCUCUUGACAGCAACUUUUUACGGGACCAAGGGAUCACCGACUACAGUUUGCUCUUGAGUGUGCACACCACCCAGUUCACAGUGGACGCCGAUUCAAUUCACAUGACUCCGUCCAGUCGACAUCAACAUCGGCACCUCCACCACCCUCGUCAUCCGUCUAGCCCCCACAGUUCUGGCUACAUGUCGACAGCAACUGCACUUUGCUUUCCGGUAGACACCACGCAAACUGCGACAACGUCGUCGUCGGCUGUUACGGCAACAUGCACCUCGUCGCAUCCUGUUUGUUCGUGUCUGGGCACAUCUAGCGGACACAGCCGUGGCGGCAGUGUGGAGACCACCACCAGCAGCAGUAUCGUCCUCGAAAACUGCGACACUGUACAAAUGGCAUCUUCCACUCGUACAUUGACCUGGUUUGCAUGUGUAGUCGCCGACUGUCGAUUCGUUUCACCGAAGUUGCCGGUACUCGAUCCAUAUUGCCGAUGAAGACGACGACGUGACGACUCCAUUGGCGGCGUCAUAUCGCAAGUCCAGCUUGGACUUUGGUACGUUUGAGAAAUCUCCUUGGAUGGGCCUGCGGGACACGACCAAAUCCGGCGUCAAGGCGUCGGCGGUGGUCGGCCCAGAUUUCUACACACUUGGAAUUGUCGAUUUGCUGCAGACGUGGACAUGGCAGAAGCGCAUGGAGCGGUGGUGGAAGGUAUAUGUGCUACGUCUGGAUGGACGAGGGAUCUCGGCCGCGCCGCCGGCGCCAUACGCCGCCCGGUUCCAGACCAAAAUGCGAGAUAUCUUGCUGCCACAUGGAGCAACUGCGACGAUCGAAAAGCCAAAUAUGGCCACGUGUAGUAGUAGUACAUAUGCGCAAGUGGAGGAUGCGUACGACACAAGCGUGACAUGAACCGAAACAGCAACGUAAUCGAGUCGUCUUCCUUGUC